AAACGCGCCAACGGGGGAAAAGUCCAGCAUCGAGCAUCGAGAUCGUCGACAAGAUCAGGAACACGAGCGGGGGCCAGUAAGCGCUUCUCUUCUUCCUCGUCUUGACGCUGACAUGUCCCUGGGAGACAAGCCCGCCCACGUCCCUCCUCCUGGCCCGUCACGAGGCGAGGGGCCGCUGCGUAUUGGCGCCUAUCAUAUCCCCCUCCCAUCAGAAGCAGUCCUCACCUGGCCGCAGCUCUGCGAGAUAACAGCCAGUGGAGACUUGAACGAUCUCAAUCGCCAUUCGAACUGCGAGAAUGAGUAUCGCGAAUGGCGAGAACCUAUCAAGGCUCAGUACGGUGACCUGGAGACGUACAUCCGCAAGGUCAGGCUACAAUGGGAUGAGGAGGAGCUCGAGGAAGUGCGGGAGCGAGAUCGCAGCCUGGCCUACUUUCGCCACGACUGGGGACCGGACCGAGUGCGCUGCAUCCCCAAUGACUGGCCAUACGGUAUCCCAGACCGGUGCGGACACUAUGUCGUCUGGUGCAAGUCGCCCAUGCUCCAUCCCUCCCUCUUCGAGACGGAUCAAACGCCGUUUGAGCCCGAAGAGAGGCAGGCCAUCUAUGAGGCCGUGGCCUAUGAUGGGGUCAGAGGGUUGACGGGCGGGCGAGGCGGUAGCGGCAAGGCUGGCGGGGAGAUCAGGGUCGUGGGCAUGAAGACGAUCCAGUUACUCAAGAGCAAGGAAGAGGUGGCUACCGCGCCGACACCGGCUGGAAGCCCAAGAGCCACGCCGUCGCCCAGACAGGGCGGGGAGGAUGCCGCUACGAUGGCUGAGCGUGCUCACUCUUGGGCAGGGAGGGAGGUCGACGCUUACUGCAAGAAGAAGUGGCCGGAGAACGAAUGGGAGACCGCAUGGUUUUGCAAUCCGCCACACCUCCGGACUGUACCUGGCUUGUCGCACUUUCAGUAAGUCGAGAGCGAAGGUAUGAGACGGGACGCGCUAGUGUUUGCUGACUUUACCACGUCUCUGCUCUAUGUAUCCUCCACAGCGUCAUUGUCCGCAGGAAGGAGUGACGGGUCGCAGUCAUCGUGUGCGCUGGUAACAGCGCCACCAGACAACAUUCCCAUAGACGUAAUUUGUCUAAGCAUAGCCUCCCAGCACUUGUAGCUGAUAGCAUCU